AUGCGGUCCUUCAUUGUUCUUCCUGCGCUCGCCGCGCUGGGUGCCUCCCAGUCCACCACCGUCUCCACCGACAUUCCGGCCGACGUCAACCCCACCCCGGAUGCCCUCGACCUUGCUUUCCUGAGGAGCGCCGCCGUCCCGACCUACUCGACCGUCGAAGGCGCCUCCUCUCAAGACAUUCCUUAUGCCACGGCCACCGCCAUUGCCGCCGUCAAGGCCGACCAGAGCGAAACCCCUCUCUCCGUUUUCCCCGCCGUCACCAGCGUCGCCAUCAAUGCCGACGGCGAGGACGGAGCGGCCGCUACUGCCACUGCCACCGCCACCGCUGCUGCCGACAAGCGUGAUGUGCACGGACAGCUCGUUGAGAAGCGUACGGCUUGUGCUCCGCAGGCCACCAUCUCCAACUACUACAACGUCGACGUCUCGACCUACGACACGUUCAAGGCGGAUGCUGUCAUUGCCUCGGUUGCCAAUGCCGCCCCCACCCCGCAGGGCUACUUCCAGAACUUCAAGAACCAGGACGGUGCCAACAGCGCUUAUGCCUACCUGGGCUACACCGUUCUCGACACUGGAUACGACGUGAACUCGUGUGCCGAGACCUGCACCAGCAAGGACGGCUGUCUCGCCUUCAACAUCUACUUCGAGCGUGAUCCCACCCUCGAGCCAGGUGAUGUCGAUGGCUGCAGGGACCCCGAGGCCUUCGCCAACAUCAAGUGCUCCUUCUGGGGCAGCGCUCUGGACACGACUACCGCCAACAACUACGGCCAGUGGCGUGCGGACUUCCACGUCGGUAUCGCCGGCUCCAACGCCUACACCUCGUACGAGGUCGGUGGACCCAUCUCCGGCUGGACUGACCCGCUCAGCCUGAACAACGCUGCUCUGAACGCCCCUCUGAGGGACUGCGCCGGAACCUGGACGUACAUGGGCUAUAAGCUCUUCCAGGACGGACCGUUUGACCCUACUCUCUGUGCUGCCGCCUGCGACGCCCAGACCGAAUACAACAUCGCGCACCCUCCCUCCAGCGGCUACACUCCCUUCUGUGCUGGCUUCGGCACCUAUCUCUUGACCAUGACCAACUCGACCGGCUCGUACGUCCAGGGCCAGAUGUGUACCAUGUACACCUCGGCCUGGGGCUCCGAAUACGCCGUCAACACGGCCUCCUACGACGACUCGAUCGGCGCCAAGUACACCUACAGCUACAGCUUCUUCUACUCCAAGUCGUCGCUGCAGCCCGUGUGCGACGCCGACCUGUCCUACCUGCAGAGCGAGGGCGCCGAUUUCUGCACCUCGUACCUCGCCUACAGCGCCCCUGUGACCACCACGACCGCCGUCAUCACCCCUAGCGGCUUCACCACCAAGGUCACGACCGUCGCCACCACGACCGUCACCGUUGCCGGCACCGUCACCGGCAACGCCGUCUGGAAGCGCGAGGACACGGCGACGAACAGCUCCACGACCGUCCUGGCCACCGCCACCGACUACACGACCGUCGCCUCGCUCGCCACCGACUCGCUCGCCAUCCUGGCCACCGUCACCGUCGUCCCUAUCCCGUCCAACGACACCCUGUCCAGCGCGGCCGCCCUCCAGAAGCGCUCCGUCGCCACCCCGGCCUCCAUCUCGGGCUGGGCCUCGGCCAAGGUCAGCGCCGCCUGCUCGCGCGUGGCCACGGGCACCUCGACCCUCACCGCGACGUCGACCGCGCCCACGCUGACCACCACCGUCGCCGCCACCGCCACCGCCUCGGUCGGCUCCUGCACGCUGCCCACCCAGCUCCCCGCCCUGUACAGCUGGACCGCGCUCGCCGGCGCCUGGGACGGCACCAACGGCCAGCCCGCCUCGAACCCCACCGGCGCCCACUACGGCGAGUCGUACACGGCGCAGCUCCCCUUCUCCGUCUGCGCCUUCGGCUCGUGCACGUCCGUCCUCAGCGUCGGCACCGACGGCUACGUCUCGUGGGGCGACGUCGCCAUCCACGCCUACACCAACCUCGGCUACGGCAUCUACAUCUACCCGGGCGGCGCCCACGGCGUCUUCUACCGCGUCUCGGGCAGCGUCGGCUCGCGCCGCCUGACCAUCGCCUGGUACGGCGCGACCAUCGCGUGGGGCCACCAGAGCACCCACGUCACCAUGGAGUUCCGCGAGGACGAGUCCAACGCCGUCUACUUCAAGUACUUCGACGUCACCCAGGACGCGUCGUAUGGCAACCGCGCCGACGUCUAUGUUUCCAAGAACGGCGCCGUCACCCGCGUGGAGCCGAGCGGCACCAAGAUCGAUACCGGUGCCCAGUACAAGGUCUCCACCUCGACUGAUGGCACCGCUACUUCCGCCAAGACGCUGCACGAUCGCGUUGAGUGCUGCACCAAGCAGGGAUGGCACAGCUGCACCGAGUUCGGUGCCGAUGGCGCUGUUGCGUAG